GGCUUCUCUGAGGGAGGUGCUUUGUGCAGGCAUUGAUGCCACCAGUUGCUCCUCAUGCUGGCAUUGGAUUCAUCUGCAGCAGCUGUAAUGACUCGAAGGAUGAUCUAGGGAGAAGUAAGGAUUGCUGGGGAUGCCCUACUGACACCCCAGCGCUCUCUACAUGCAGCAAUGCUGACAUCUUCCGCAGGAUAAACGCCAUGCUGGAUAAUUCUCUGGACUUCACUGGUGUCUGCACUACCCCAAAUGCCAAGGGUAAAUGUGACCAUCUUCCAGAUUUUACAGAUUCAGAAGGAGCUACAGCAAGCAGGAUGCUCUUCCCAACGUCACACGAUCAGUCUCCUCGUGGCCUUCCUGACACAAAUGAUUUGUGCCUUGGUCUGCAAUCCCUUAGCCUCACGGGUUGGGACAGACCGUGGAGCACUCAGGACUCUGAGCUUUCUGGGUUGACCAGCACACCAUCAGCUGCCCAGUCAGUUUUCAACCUACUUGGCAACACUCUGGGCAAACCUCCACCACUUGGCUUCUUGCCAUUGGACCCAAUUGGCUCAGACUUGAUGGAGAAGUACCCUUCCCCACUGCUACGACACUCUCGCCUGGACAGCCGCUCUAUGUUAGACUCCCGUUCUAGCAGCCCUUCUGAUUCAGACACUAGUGGAUUCAGCUCUGGCUCGGACCACCUCUCGGACUUGAUUUCCAGUCUACGUAUUUCUCCACCUCUACCUUUUCUUUCAUUGGGGAGUGGAGUUUCCCGGGACCCUCUAAAGCUGGGGCUUGGCUCAAGGUUUGAUCCAGAUCAUGCUGCUCUAGCUGCAGCCACUGCUUCCCCAAUUGGAAUGCCAAAAAGAUGGCCUGGUACCUCUGUAUGGCCAUCAUGGGACUUGCUGGAAUCUGCUGAUGAUCCAUUCAGCAUUGAAAGAGAGGCACGCCUGCACAGACAAGCUGCAGCGGUAAAUGAAGCUACCUGCACAUGGAGUGGUCAGUUGCCUCCUCGUAACUACAAAAACCCAGUUUAUUCUUGUAAAGUAUUUCUUGGUGGAGUUCCUUGGGACAUUACAGAGACUGGACUGAUAAACACAUUCCGGGUAUUUGGAGCAUUGAGUGUUGAGUGGCCUGGUAAGGAUGGAAAGCAUCCCCGUUGUCCUCCUAAAGGUAAUAUGCCCAAAGGCUAUGUGUACUUGGUGUUUGAAUCUGAGAAAUCUGUGAGGGCACUGCUUCAAGCCUGCACUCAAGACUUGCUAAGCCAGGAUGGGCUGAGUGAGCACUAUUUCAAGAUGUCAAGUCGCAGGAUGCGCUGCAAGGAGGUGCAGGUCAUUCCUUGGGUGCUGGCAGACAGCAAUUUCGUUCGUAGUCCAUCUCAGCGUCUGGAUCCCAGUAAAACUGUGUUUGUUGGGGCUUUGCAUGGAAUGCUGAAUGCUGAAGCUCUUGCCUCUAUAAUGAAUGAUCUGUUUGGUGGGGUGGUCUAUGCUGGCAUUGAUACCGAUAAGCACAAGUACCCAAUUGGUUCUGGCCGAGUGACUUUCAACAACCAGCGAAGUUACCUGAAGGCUGUUAGUGCUGCAUUUGUGGAGAUAAAAACUGCCAAAUUUACCAAAAAGGUUCAGAUUGACCCUUACCUUGAAGACUCUGUGUGCCAGGUUUGCAAUUCUCAACCAGGUCCUUUCUUCUGCAGAGACCAGGUUUGCUUCAAGUACUUCUGCCGCUCCUGCUGGCACUGGCAACACUCUAUGGAGAUUCUUCGUCACCACCGCCCUCUGAUGCGCAACCAGAAGAGCCGUGACUCCAGUUAGAAUUGUCGCCAGCUAAAAACAAAUUUAGUGAAUGUGAUGAAGAGGACGCUGCGCCCUGUCCCUCCAGACAGCACGAGGAGCAUUCAUAAAUCUUUCCAGGAUUAUUGUGGAAGUCAGCGGACGGUGGGGGGAAGUCACUUUUAUUUUGUUUGGCACUUAUUGUUUGCUGUACCAUGUAACAGUUAUCUGCACUUGUGCACAGUGAAGUUUUGCCAGGGAUACUGUGUGUUUUUUGAGUGUUUUUGUUUUUUUAUGGUAAUGGGGGCAUAGUUUUCCUCCUAGCAUUGAAGUACCCAUAUUUGGCUCCAACACUUGCUGAAUGUAAGCAAUGUGUGCACAGUAUCUGGUUUAUUGCCCUUGCCUUGGGUCUUUGUUUUUUUCAGGUUUUUUUUCCCCUCCUUUUUAUUACAGGCGCUUUUUUUACAUUCCUUGCAAAUAUAGUGGGUGAUGCAUAUUUCAUUAAGCUGUUACCCAGUUUUUUGCUGUUGCCAUACAGUGCCUUCUGAUUUCUUUACUGUCCUUCUGAACCACAGACAGUCUGUUCAGUUGGCAUUUUUACUGAAACAACGAUGGCAGGAUCUGCUCUUAAUUUAAACCAAUCAUAUUUCAUAUUUUACCCUCUUUGGGAUUUUUACCAGUUCCUUUUUACACUCUUAAAGACGGUUUUUAAGUCCAUUUAUUUUUUUUCUUUUCCUGGCAGCUUUUAACAUUAUUGCAAGUAUUCUUUCUGGGAGCUGCUAGUUGAAGAUUAUGACCUAAAAUAAAAUACUGUAUUUGUACAACAGGAUUUGCAGCAAAAUGACAGACUUGGAGCCUUGGCUGAAAGGAUGAUUACCAUGUGUGUAUAUAGUUUUAAGGAUGUUUGUUGCACUUUUUUAAUUUGCACUUCAGGGGAUGGUAGAGUUUUUAAUCACUUCCUUUUUGGAUGGCUGGACAGAAAAGGGCUGUAAUCGAUUUUUUUCUUUGGAGAAUGGGGUAGAGGCAAGAGAUGAGACAUUUCUCCUGGAGGGAAUGUACUCAAGUAUUUUGUUACCGGAAGCAGCUGACUUAUGCAAAUUGUUUCAAGCCUUUAAAAUGUGUGUCCCUUUUAUUUCUGUACCCCCCUAUGUUUGGAAGCUCUGUGCCAAAGAUCCCACUGUCUGUAACCCCCUCUUUCUAGUACAUGCUGAGCUAAAUCUGCACUAGCUGCCCUGUAUGGGCAUUUCUGUGAAGCUGCGUGUGUAAAGUCUCUACCUCAUUGUAGUUAUGCAAGCAGAAAAUGCACUUAACCUACAGAUGUGGUGUCCCUUUUUUCUUUUUGUUUUGUUUGGCACAUAAUAAACACGUUGAAGCAGUGA